AUGAGCAACCUAUUGGAAGCCUCCUUUUUAAAUGCAGUUUGGGACUUGCACAUGAAGAUAUUGGAUAUCAAAGUGACAGCGGAAGAGGCAGGUGACGCCCUCGCCGACGCAGCGGUUGCCGUAGCAGAGACUGGCGAUACGCUGGAGCUCCCCAGUCGACGGCUGCAGUCUGUUGCAUUUUCUAACAGCGGAAAGCUCGGUGAAGGAACGCAACAACGCAGCGGAAGCCAGAGUGCGGAUACAAAGCAACAGCAGGUGCUAGCACUCAGAAGACUCGCUUGGGGCGACCCGGCAGCAGUUGUGCAGCAGCACUUCGUGGAGGAACAGCUCAGGCAGCAGAUGCAGCAGCAGCAGCAACAGAACCAGUGGACACCUACGGGGGGAGGAGGUCGCAGACGUCGCGAAGGUCAGGCAGCCGCUGCUUCUACUCAACAGCAGCAACCUCAGCAAGCGCUCACACACCUGCAGACGCAGCCCGAGCCUGUAUGCGACCCUGAACGGGAGCUGCCAAGAGUGCGGAUAACAGGCUUAGCCUGUCGACCUCCCUUACCAGCAGGGGAGUACGCGUUUCAAAAUUUGUGCUUUAAAGACUCCACUGGAGCCUGUGAAGCCCCUGACGGCAUCAUCUUCGUCUACGGACACAAACGGUACCAAAUAACAGAUGAUGCGAAGCUGCGUCCAUUUGCUUUGCGGUGGGAAAGGAAGCUACAACAACUGCUACAGACGGAGAAGCUCCCUGGAGCCACGAUGGGGCUUAAAACCGAAAGGAGCCUCUCGGACGAAUUGGCUGCGAGUUCUUCCGCGGGUCCCGGGGGAGAAGUGAUGCUGAUAGCUGCCGCAGGCUCAUUGAUUGGGGCCAUCGUAGCCUUGACAGGAGCAGGCGCCGCCCUUUUGGGGUACCUUGGGGGGGCAGGCGUGUGUUUUAUGUCCGGUGUUGUUAGCACAGGAACCGCUGCUGCCGCUCCGCUGCUAGUUGUUGGCAUAGGAGUAGACGAUACUCUUGUGCUGCUGCAGUCCUACAGCCUAACGGUACACAAGCGCUCCGCAGCCGACCGCCUGCAGUUGACACUCCGCGACAGCGGCGUAGGUAUAACAAUAACGACCUUGACGAACCUUCUAACAUUUGGCAUCGGCGCGUUCAGUCCGUACCUUGCAAUCAAAAGCUUCUGUCUCCUGUGUCUCGCCGGCCUCUUCUUGGGAUACGUCAUGUGCCUCACCUUCUUUCUAGGCUUCCUCGCCCUCGAUGCCAAGGCAGAAGCAGCUGGGCAGGUCAUGGGCAUCUUUCGGUGCUGCCCCAUGAAAAUCAUGAGGGAUUCUGCGUUUACGAAGACGCAUGCGGAGCAGCAGCUGAAGCACCAGCACCAGCAUGAAGGGAAGGGGAAGCAACGAAGGCAGAUGCCUACGCUCAAAGGCCUGCCCAUGCUCCAGUAUGUUGAUAAAACGCGCUUGCCUGGAGCUGACGCCUCGGCACUCUCCGCCUGCGCCAGCGACAUAUUUCAGUGCAUUACAAUGCAGGUGGAGGCGGCGCUGCAGCAGCAGCAACAGCAGCGUCUACUUGAAGCGGAGACUCGCCGCAUACGAAAGCAGCAGACCUCCAAGAAGAAAAAACAACGGAAAAAGGCCCCGGCGAGACGCAGGAAGAACGCAAAGACACCCCUCACUAGCACGUCCUCAGGAACAGAUGACAAAAAGCAGGACGAUACAUCCAGUGACUCGGAGAACUGUAAGAAAAAGACAAGACAACGAAAACAGCCGGCGAGGAAAACGAAUGCCAGGAAAAAGAAACUAAUGGAAUCUAGCAAUAGCAGCAAAACCACCAACAGCAUGAGCAACAAAAGGAGUACCAAGAGCUUCAGGAGCAGCCGCAGCAGUGCCAAGAAGCAGCAGCAACAACAACGACAGCGCCGCGCAAAGGCUCUCCGGCCCGCUCUAAAAGGGCGCCGCCAGCAGCAGCAGCAGCAGGAGCAGGAGGAGCAGCAGGAGCAGCCGAAGCAAAGUGAAGCUCCUGAACCUGGUGCGGGAGUGCAGGGUGCCCUAGAGGCAAAUAGCAGACUAGCAGCUGCAGCGGUAGCCGCAGCAGCAGGCAUGUUCGCCUCGGGUGCGAACUUGGACAGGAGUGGAUCGAAAGCAGGAGGCGUUUCGGUGAGGCCGGCAAGGCCUCGAAGGACGACAGUACACUUCUACAGGAAGACCUCCACGGCCCCUCUGACAGCAAGCCUUCCCCAGCAGCAGCAGCAGCCGCAUCAAUCAGGCGAGUGGCAUGACCAGGUGGUGGUGAAUUUGUGCGUGGGCUCUGGCUCGGCAGUAGUAGCGGCAGCGGCAGAAGCAGCAGAAGCAGCCUUCAAUACUGCCGGCCGCAGCUGGUCAGGGGAGAGAAUUGCUCGUCUGCAGCUCAUGCAGCGGCUUGGUGGCGAUGGCUUAGCUGAGCCCCAGGGCAACGUAGGGAGGGGCCUGAGGAAGGUGCUCGUUCGCUUUGGUGCCCGCCUGCUCAUGAACCCUUUCUUUAAACUCAUGCUUCUCAUCGUCUUCACUGCUGUCUGCGCGACCGCUAUUAUCGGGCUGUAUGCCUGGCUUCAAACUCCCUUUGGCUCCAGUUUCACAGCCUUCUUCUCAUGGAGCAGCGGCUUCAGACUGAGAGCCUGGGCGUUGAUGUUGGUGCCCAAGUACUUCCCGAGUACACAAGAAAAUAGCAACUUCAUGCACCAGCUCAGGGCGGAUUUGGCGCAGUUUCCACUUCUACAGGGAGCGGCCUACAACCGGAACUUUGUUUACUUCGAAAGCGAUGAUGCGAUUGUACCCCAAACCGUCAGCAGCUUGGCCAGUGCUGGCUGCGCUGUGAUUGUUGUUUCGCUGUUCCUGUUGCCGUCUCUGCGCGGAGCUAUCCUUGUAGUGGGAAUACUGCUAGUAAUCGAUAUUGUUAUCUUGGGAUUUAUGGCGCUUUGGGGUUUGCCCCUCAAUUUGCUCACAAUGGUGAACCUCACAAUAUCUAUAGGAGGUCCACUGUUGCACGGUGCUCUGUCUACUCAGCUAGCGGUUAUUCCCCUAGCCUUUGUCGACAGUCCAGUGCUUUCUGUGUUUUUCAAAAUGACGACACUGGUGAUAAUCGUGGGGGUUACGCACGGGCUGAUGCUGCUUCCCGUGCUGCUUUCCCUCAUUGGCCCCAUGCAGCAGUCGCAACAGAAAAUGGUGCAGCAGCUUCUGGCGCUGCAGAAACAGUAUGACCGACUAGAGGAACAGAUCGUUGCAUGCGGAGGGAGCAGAGAAAACCCCAGACUGAAAAAGCAAAGGAAAGCUCUACGCCGCCUCAUCGAGCAGCAGGAACAGCCGCCCGAGACAGCUAGAGAUGCCUGUCUCGAAUUUGCGAAGGGACUCUGCCCUGACCAUCCCAAAAACGUAUUUUUAAGAAACAGACAAAUCCGCAACUGGGUGCAACAAGAAAAAUAA